UCAAGAGGCCAAGAAAGCAAAAGUUAAGGCUCUUCUGCAUGUCAUAAAAAUGCAACAUACAGGGUAUUAUUCACGUUAGAAAACAGCUAAAAUCUGUGCUGUAGAUGGCUUUCUCUUGGGUUCGCGUUGCGGGUUUGUCGUGUGUUGUCGCCAUCAUUGGGUUCAUCCUGGGGUCGUUUUCAGCAGAGAUGCCCUCGUCUCUGCCCUCCGUCCUCGGCGGGACAGUCGGGGUGUGCUCCCUGGCCGGGAUGGCGCUCAUCUGGAGGGACAUAAGCUCCAGGAUGAAGGGUCAGAACCGGACUCUGGGAGGUCUGCUCGGCCAGUAUGUGGCCGUGAAGGGUGUGGGCUGGCUGGGCAGGCGGCAGAGGAAGAAGCUGGAAGCCGAUAGUCUCAACGUGAAACAGGUCCAGGAGAAGACUCUGCUGACUCGGCUGAGUAAAAACGCAGACACGUGUUAUGGAAGAGAGUAUGACUUCAGCUCCAUUACAGGCAGUGUUGACUUCCGGGCGCGUCAUCCCAUCACCACGUACGAGCACUACCGCGAGCUCAUCAGACGCAUCGCGGCGGGAGAGGAGAAGGUGAUCAUUGCUGAGAAACCGCUGAUCCUGGCAAUGACCUCUGGGACGUCUGGAGCCAGCGCCAUGCUGCUCAGCACCAAGGACACCAACACAGAGUUCUUCCUGCAGGGAGUGACGGUGUGUUUGGAUGCCAUGGGAAGAGCCUUUCCUGCGACCGACAGCCUUCAGCGCACCACCAAGUUCUUCUACUCUCCUACUUUUCGCCAGUCUGAGGCCGGUAUUCCCAUCGGACCGAACUCCUCCACACCAGCCUCCUCACGCCACAUGCUCAACCUCUACACCACCCCAGCAGCUGCCUUUGAGGUUCCCAGUGAGAAGGACACCCUCUACUUGCAUCUCCUGUUUGCUCUCAAAGAUCCCAGUGUGGGAACUCUGGAGUCCAACUUUGCUUCCACAGUCUUCUAUGCUUUCAGUGCUUUACAGGAUCGCUGGCAGGAGCUUGUUGAAGACAUUGAAAAGGGGAAGAUUAGCAGCGCUCUGGCUCUGGAGACCAAAGUGAGGUCCAGCCUCGAGGCUCUGAUGAAGCCGGACCCAGAGAGGGCCGCUCAGCUCCGGGCCCACUUCCAGGAAGGUUUCCGUGGGAUCGCCAAGCGGCUGUGGCCUCACCUCCACCUGGUGCUGGCAGUAGACUCGGGCUCCAAUCAGAUCUACGGGGAAAUGUUGAGGGAGAACUACUGCCAGGGAGUGCCUUUCUAUUCGCCUUUCUACGCUGCUACUGAAGGUCUGAUAGGGGUGAACCUGUGGCCUCAGGAGCCAAACAGACGCUACAUGCUGUGUCCUCGGUCAAUGUUCUGCGAGUUCCUGCCAGAGAGCAUCCUGGAGGAGGAGACGCCUCACACGCUGCUGAUGGAGGAGGUGAAGGAGGGAGAAAACUACGAGCUCGUUAUCACAAACGCUUCAGGACUCUUCAGAUAUCGUGUCGGAGACAUCGUGAAAGUAGUUGGAUUCCACAACCAGUGUCCCAUUGUUGAGUUCCAGUACAGACGGGGUCAGAUGUUGAGCAUUCGAGGGGAGAAAGUGUCGGAGGCGUUGUUCCUUAAUGCUCUGAAGAAAGCGGUUGCUCUCUGGCCGGGAGCUCAGCUGGUUGACUACUGCUGCGCUGAGAGCGGCAUCAUGGGAGAUUCGAUAGGCGGCUCAGAUCCUCAUUACCAGGUCUUUAUAGAGCUGAAAGGUGUGAGAAACCUCACAGAGGAGCAACGAUACAGGUUGGACAGCUGUCUCCAGCAGGAGUCUGCUGUCUACAAGUCCUUUCGUAUCAAAGGCAGCAUCGGACCAAUGAGGGUGCAGCUGGUGGCCGACGGUGCAUUCAAGGAACUCCGCACAAACAUGAUGACCUUCUUGAACACCUCGCCCAACACCUUCAAAAUGCACAGAGUGUUGCGCAAGAAAGAAUUUGCUGACUUCCUCCUCGGUAAAACCGUUUCCUGAAACCUCCCGUUGUUGUGGAGACAGAGACAAAGAAUGUGGACUCUGUGGUGAGCGCUGACUGAAUUAAAUGUCUACAGUUUGUCAAUCUUCUGCUCAAGAAUGAGAUGAUUUAUUGUGCCUUGGAACUCUAUACCACAAAAGAAAUGCUCAUUUGACAGAUUCAUUUUCUUGACCACAUCUAUAAUUUUAUUAAAGUGUUUUAUUAAACUGUUGACGUAGUUCUGUUUUAUGAAAUG